AUGGCCUCUGAAAAGGUUGAAUUUUCUCUAGAAAACAAAACAUCAGCGCCACGUAUUUCAAUCAGUGGCGAGGAUGUUUAUGGCCAUGACAAUCCAUCUACCCCUCGGAGCAGCAGUGGAUGGGAUGGCAAGCUACGAAAAGAGAAGAAGCUAGAGCUAGUAAAUCCUCAAGCUUCCUCUGAUGUAGAGCAAUCAGAAGACGAGGUAGCACCGAUAGGACAAAUCAUAGAGGCCGAUGAGGCUGCUCUCAGAUUGGAACGGUUCAAGGAUGUCGUGCGACUAUGUCUCCGCCAGAACUCCAUCACCCAAAUUGAAGGCCUAUCUUUGUUAGCCAACACACUCACUGAAUUAGAUCUUUACGACAAUCUCAUAUCCCAUAUCCGAAAUCUUGAAGACCUCCUUAAACUUGAGUCCCUUGAUCUUUCUUUCAAUAAGAUCAAGCAUAUCAAAAAUAUAUCUCAUCUUAUCUCCCUCACAGACCUCUACUUUGUACAAAAUAAAAUAAGCUUGAUUGAAAAUCUUUCCGGGCUUACGAAACUACGCAACCUUGAGCUUGCAGCGAACCGUAUUCGAAAGAUACAAGGCCUCGAAACUCUUGUUGGUUUGGAAGAGUUGUGGCUGGGUAAGAAUAAGAUCACAGAAAUAUCGGGUAUAGAUACUCUCCAGAACCUGAAAAUCAUAUCGAUUCAAUCCAAUCGUAUUACAAAUAUCAGCGGCCUUAUGUGUCAGACAGGGUUGGAAGAACUCUACAUAUCCCACAACGCCCUCACGAACCUCUCAGGUCUCGAAGCCUGCUCUUCGCUCCGGGUACUGGACAUAUCAAAUAAUAGAAUUACCUCACUUGAAGGUCUCAGUCACUUGGUACAUCUACAGGAGCUCUGGGCAUCUUACAAUCAGUUACAUAACUUUGCCGAAGUAGAGCGUAUUCUUGGUGACAAGAAUGAACUGAUAACAGUAUAUUUCGAGGGCAAUCCAUUACAAUUGAAGGGUCCGGCUGUAUACCGGAACAAGGUCAAGCUAGCACUACCACAAGUUUUGCAAAUCGAUGCCUGUCAGUCCCCUCAACCUUUUCUCCCUUCGUGCGAGUAUCUUAAAUGUAAUGAGAUAAAAAACAACACGGUGAAAGAGACCAUUAUGAAUAUAUUGCAAUGCAAACGUUACCAGAAAUGCAAGGUCUUAUGGGUCAAAGAUCAUCACCUAUGA